AUGGCGCCCAAGGCAAUCAUAGCCCCGUCGAUUCUCGCGGCCGACUUUGGCCACUUUGGCCAUGCGUGCUCCAAGACCAUAGAGCAAGGCGCUGACUGGCUUCACGUCGAUAUCAUGGACGGCCACUUUGUGCCCAACAUUUCAUGGGGACCCGGUGUUGUCGCCAAGAUCAGAGGUCAUGUUGAGAAACCCAUCGAGGCAUGGGGAAAGGGCACAUUUGACUGUCAUAUGAUGGUUUCCGAGGUAACUGCUUUCCCUCUGCCCUGGGCUCAUCCCAAGAAAUGGGUCAAGGGCAUGAAGGAGGCCGGCGCAGACCUGUACUGCUUCCACUACGAGGCCGCAUUUUCCUCCGAUUCCGACAACCCAGAGGUCCAAUCCGACGAGAAGACGAACCCCCGCGCCCUGAUCCGCUACAUUCACGAGCAGGGCAUAUUAGCCGGCGUGGCUCUGAAGCCCGCAACCUCGGUCGACGUUGUGUGGGAGCUCCUCGAGAGUGAAGACCCACUCGAGAGACCAGACAUGGUCCUGAUCAUGACAGUCGAGCCCGGUUUCGGCGGACAGAAGUUCAUGGCCUCUGAGCUGCCCAAGGUCCAGGCCCUCCGCGAGCGGUACCCGGAGCUCAACAUCGAGGUCGACGGCGGCCUGACGGGUUCCACCGUCGGCCAGGCUGCCGACGCGGGCGCCAAUGUCAUCGUUGCUGGCAGCGCUGUCUUUGGUGCCCAGGACCCCGCAGAGGUCAUUAAGAUCCUCAGACAAGCCGUCGAGAAGAAGACUGGCAAGCUCUGA